AUGUCUUAUGAUCCCAGAGAACAUUUUCAACAAAUCCAGCGAACACUGCAGCAGCGGAGCGGCAGGGGCUUCGGAGGUGUUCCUGGAGGAGGUCCUGCGGCUAGAGGUGUUUUGGCAUUAGUCGGCCUCGGAGUAGCUGGAGUCGUGAUCUCAAAUUCUAUAUUCAACGUUGACGGUGGCCAUCGCGCGAUCAAAUAUAAAAGAAUAUCAGGAGUGUCAAAAGAGAUCUACAACGAAGGCACACAUAUCCGAAUACCCUGGUUUGAAACCCCUAUCGAUUACGAUGUUCGCGCGAAGCCACGAAACGUUUCCUCUUUGACCGGAACGAAGGAUCUGCAAAUGGUCAACAUAACUUGCCGUGUUCUUUCUCGGCCUCGAGUGGAAGCAUUGCCUCAAAUUUACCGCACAUUAGGCACCGAUUAUGACGAGAGAGUCCUCCCAUCGAUUGUGAACGAAGUUCUGAAGAGUGUGGUCGCACAAUUCAAUGCAAGCCAACUCAUCACUCAACGAGAGAACGUUGCAAGAUUAGUCCGGGACAACCUCACAAGAAGAGCUGCGAGGUUCAAUAUCAUGCUCGACGAUGUCUCCCUGACCCACCUCUCAUUUUCGCCAGAAUUCACGGCGGCGGUCGAGGCCAAGCAGGUUGCUCAGCAGGAAGCCCAAAGAGCUGCUUUCGUGGUUGACAAGGCAAGACAAGAGAAGCAGGCAACUGUUGUUCGUGCGCAGGGUGAAGCACGGUCUGCUGAAUUGAUUGGUGACGCCAUCAAGAAGAGCAAGAGUUACGUCGAACUCCGGCAGAUUGAGAAUGCUCGCAACAUCGCAGCAAUUCUACAAGAGGCAGGAGGGAAAAACAAAUUGUAUCUUGACGCGCAAGGAUUGGGUCUGAACGUCAAUGCUGGUGAAGAUUCUUCCAAAAAGUAA